AUGGUCGAUUAUUGGGCACGUAGCAAUCACGGUUCGCGGUGGGUUUUGCGGGCUGGAGAAGAGUGUUAUUAUCCCGGCGGAGGUCGAGAAGUUGGAGUUAAUAGCCAGUGCGUCGCCGUUACACCGACUGUUAUUAGAAACAGUGGUGGUCGUAUCGGUCGAUUGCGAGCCAAUUAUCUAAUAUUCGGACUGCAACCGCUUUGGUUUCAUCUGACCAACGUGCUGUUACACGCGGCAGCUUGCGUCCUGUUUGCUAGGGUGUGUAUAUGCGUGGCGGGACUAAAACCCCCCUUUGCCACCCUUGCCGCCCUCUUGUUUGCUGCUCAUCCCAUCCACACUGAAGCAGUAAGUAAACACAUUUAA